AUGCAGCAGCAGCCAUUCUCUUACACUGCAGGCAUCUCCAAUGAAGCCAAAGAGUCUUCUUCUUCUUCUUCCAUUUCUGUCUGCUCACUGGGGCAAUCUGUCUCCUUUGGGAGGUUCACUUCAGAGUCUUUGUCAUGGGAGAAAUGGUCGACUUUCUCUAGCAACAAGUAUGUCGAAGAAGCUGAGAAAUUCUCCCGCCCUGGCUCGGUGGCUGAGAAGAAAGCCUUCUUCGAGGCUCAUUACCGCAAUCUCGCUGCUCGAAAGGCCGCCGCAGAAGCUGCCGCUGCUGCAGAAGCAGCUGCAGCGUUGCUUGAGCAGGGGAAUGGUGGGGAAAUGGAGGAAUCAGAACCAAAUGAGUCCAAUGAUUCUGAACCAGUUAAGGCCGAUGAAGGUAGAGAGCAGAUGGAGAGGCCAUUGUUGAAGGCAAUGAGAACAAAGUCAAAAGGUUCCGCACGGAAGUCGAAUGAAUCUGAACCAGUUAAGGGCAGUGAUGGUAGAAAGCAAAUGGAGGAGCCAUUGUUGAAGGUAACCAGAACAAAGUCAAAAGGUUCUGCACGGAGCUCCAGUAAAUGUGAACCAAGUGAUUCUGACUCGUUCACCAAGAAGAAGCCUGCAGUUUCUUUCUCAAGCAACUUGGUUGUAAGAAGAAAAGUUCCAGCAGCCAGAAAUGAAAGCUUGACUGCUACUACUACUCCAGUCAACAAGAGAUCGUCGACACCAAAAUCGAGUCAGAAUAAGGCCAUCAACUUCACUCCUGUGAGAGAGAUCAAUAGAAUAACUUCCACCGUCAUCAGGAAGAUUGAUUGUUCUAGAGCCGUUUCGAGUAAGCCUACGAUGGCUAAAGAUUAUAGCUCAUUAGUUUCAACUCCAUUCAGAACUCCAUCUAGAGAAGAAUCUAAGAAUCACCCAGAAACAACAACCCCACUGUCAGAAUUCUGGGCAAGAACACCUCUUCAUCCAUCAGCAGCAGCAUCAGCCUCUGGAAGCAAGGCAGUUAGGCCAAGAUGGCAUUUCCUACCUACAGAUUGCUCGAAGUUUAUGAGUGGCAGCAGAAACAAAUCCCAGCAGUCACCAUGCUUUCCUACGCCUUUCAGCUUGAGAACAGAAGAAAGAGCUGCAAGACGAAAAGGGAAGCUGGAAGAGAAGUUCAAUGCUAACCAAGCUCAAAAGGUUCAGUCACAAGCAACAGUCAAGGAGAAGGCAGAAACAGAAAUGAAAAAGCUGAGGAAGAGCCUUUGCUUCAAGGCCAGGCCAUUGCCAGGGUUCUAUAAGCAAAGAGUAACACCAAAGAACCAGAUGGACAAGGCUCCACUGACACAUCCUUCUCCAUCACAAGAACCAGAGACUUCAACUGCAAAAAUGGUGAACAAUACUAGUAAUAUUCCACAGAUUGUUCAGAGAAGUUCAAGCAAGAACAGUGGCAGAAAUGUGAAGAAGAACGACGACAGCUGCAACAAUCCACGGUGCCUACGUGCGGGACUGAGAGCAACUGCUGCGGAGAAUAGUUGUCCAAAUAUCCAGCAACAAGCAACCUGAAGAUUGCUAGAUGCAAGUUCUUUCGUGGGGGGUGAGAUCUUGUGAAGCAGGCUUCACAGUAUAGAACAGUACCACUGUCCACAGAGAGGGCCAAGCUGACCUUGGUCUGUCAUUAACGGUUAACCAUUGACCCAUUUUCUUUAAUCUUCCUUUAUAUUCUUCAUAGAAUGAGCUGAUUAGUUCUUGUAUGUUUUGAACCAUGUCAUGGUUGAGCUUCUGAAAUCUGAAUGACUAAUGUUGAUCCA